UUUUUGUUCAAAGUGAAAAGUUCUAAUUUGAUUGCUAAAAAAUCACCAAAAAUAUAAAUAAUUCAAUUAUUUUAAUAUAAUUUGUUUAAAUUAACUUAAAGCAGGUAAACAAAUCUAUCUGAAAAAUCUAAAUACCAACCGAUUUCUCAUUGUCAUUCGAAGAUAAAACCAAUUAUUGUGAAGGAAAUUCAGAAAUCCAAAAGAAUGAGCGCCCCGGACAAUAUCGGUGGCGAUAAAUCAGUCACAGCAAAAAUAACUCACGUCAAGACGAGUGCCAUGGACGGAGGGGGGAUCAAAGUGGCGCCUGUGAGUGUUGGUGGGGGCAAUGCUGGCCAGCAGUCGCAACAGCAGACGACCGCAGCCUUCCGAACCAUCGCCAGCAGUGGCCAAUCAACCCAAGUCCGCGUUGUCAUGCCUCCGGGCACGUUGAUGGCCCAAUCGAUGCUGAAGCAGAUCGAAGGCGCUGGCCGGACCCAGAUCACGGCCAUGCCAGCACGAACUGUGUCGAACACAUCGAUCACUGUCACCAGACCCGUCACUCAGACGACUUAUCUCCCGCGGGCUGGUGUCACCUCCACCAGCAUGCAAGGACAACGUUUGGUAACUCCGAUUAGAGCCCAGGCCACUCCCAUGGCUGGGCUUUCGGGAAAUUUCGUGCGUGGCACCACAGUCACUCGAAAUACGUCGUCCCCGGCCACGACAGUCAUCUCGCCAGCCACAACCACUUGGAUGGCAAACAACGGAGGCCAGGUCCAAUUGAUUCGAGCCAUAAAUCAUCAGCCUAGGCAGCGCCUCAUCACUCAGAACAUCUCUGCUUCUGGUGUGAGUGGCGGGGGCAACACAGGCAACGUCGUGGCAGUCAGCUCACAAUCACAGCAGCAGCAGUCGGGAAAUCAAUCUCUCCAAACAGUAUCGAGUCAACAAGCUUUUGUUGCCACGCUGGCCACGGUCCUGCCUCGUCAGCAAACCGCCACUCUUGUCUACACAAAUGUCUCCAAUUCCCAGGCCCAGCAAUACAAUCCAGGAGUGAAUGCAACCCAACGCUUUGCCGUCGCUCCUCUGACAAACCAACGUCAAAUCCGACCAAUUCCCAUGAACAAAUCCUUCUCGACAGCCAAACUUGGAGUCGGUAUGAACACCACCAGUAUCAGCAUUAGAGCACCCAAUCUUCCACUGGUCAAUACCACCGUUCCUGGGGGAUCGGUGAAUGCGAGCAGCAUUGGAGCCAACGUAACCUCUGGCAUUGGAACCUUGCAGUCUCGAGGUAGCAGUGGAAAUGCCAGCAUCCCCACAACAAGAAUCAUUCAGCUGCAGCAGCAACCGGGAGGAACAGCUCAACAGAUUAUCGGCUCGACUGGCCGAAUCGCCAACAAUCUGAUGCUUCAACCGAUUAUCGUGAACACUGCAGGCGGUGGAAAGAUAGGGCUCCGGCCUCCAGCCACAAUGGCCACCAAAGUCCAGCCGUCCCUAACAAUCACCCAAUUGGGCAUUGGCAAAUUGCCCCCAAAUGCCCAGCAACAGACCAGCAGCACGGCCAGCAUACAGUGCGCCUCUGUUUCUACAGCCGCAUCCGUGGGUAACACCAACGUUGCCACUUCGUCGGCCUUGGGCGUUCAAUCCAAUUUGACCCAACAGUCGCAGCAACAAACUGUCUCGGUGAAUUCCCAAUCGCCACUCACACAAAUUGUCAACGUUAGCCAGAACAUUGGCGGCGGAGCAACUGGUCAACUCAUGACCACACAGAACGUCUCCUCCUCGGCUGCUACGGUGGUCCCCUUGGCGAUUACUCCACGAGGCAGCAACGUCCUCACUGGAACCAUCACUCCGAUAAAGAAUAGCGGGCUGACAGUUGGCAAAAUGAUGACCCAACAGUCCUCUCACCAAUCGCAGUCGACAGGAGGGUCACAAAGUGGCCAAGUCACUGACAUGAUCUCGGCCACUCAGCAGCACCACUCGCAGCAGCAGCCAACGAGCGUCUUUAUUCACCAUGCUCGUCCGCACAGUGGAGGGAACGCUUCGGUGGUCGGUUCGGCAAGUGGGGGUUCUACGACUACAGUGAUUCCUAGCACCGGAACUGGAUUCCUUCCGCCAGGGAGCACAUUCUACUACGAAUCUGUCCCGGCUAGCUCGGUUUCAGUCUCGUCAGGAGUGCUGUCGCUGACCACAACAACUGUCACCAGCAGCACAAUGUCCAGCAAUCAAAUUGUAACAUCCUCGAACAUGGCCGCGGGCAUUGUAACAUCGUUGCCCUUUAAUACCCCUUCGUCGGCCACAUUCACAGUUGUGCCAUCAUCGAAUCGUUCCAUUGGACAGCUCCAGAUCCCAGUCUCGUCGACAUCUGCUCAAAUUCAAGCGGUUCCAGUGCGCUUCAGUGCUCAAAUGCCAUCCGAACAGGUGACAGUCCAACAGCAGGUGCCCUCAAAUCAGCAGACCCAUCAUCAGAUAAUCAUCCCAAGCCAAGCAUCUUCGCAACAAUCCCAACAACAACAGCAGCAACAAAUGCAACAGCAGUCCCAGGGUCACAUGGUGAUUCCAUUGCCGACUUCUAUCAAAGUUUCGGCUGGCGCAAGCGCCGUCAGUGCUAUAAAUUCCACGGCAUUUCUACGAAAACGUGAUAAUGAUGGUUCCCCAAUAAGGGCUGCCAAGAAUCUGGGUCCAACUUUGCUCUCGAUGGGCGCAGCCUCAUCGAACGCAUCUUCCAUGAGUUCCCAGCAAAUGACCUCGACCAUUUCUUCUUCGGUCACAACAGAUGGCAAAAAAGAACAGCGUGCGGUGUCUCCGGCUUCAUCCGAUGGCUCGACUACGGUGAGUGCAAAUUCCAGUCCCGGAGUGGAUCAACAGAUAAACGAGGAACUCACUCCUGUCAAUCGUAUUCCAAAUGAGUCGCAUUUUAAUCCAAUUAAUGAUAUGUAUCCCAAUCAUCAGAAUUCAGCCCCAGUCGCAGUUAGGGACCACAUUGGACCUGUUCUGCCAAACCAGUCUCAUUUAAAUGGAGCCAUCGAGUGUCCACCACGAAAGAAAUCACGACGCUCAACGAAUGACAGCCAACAGUCGACUCAGAGUCAUGCUUCAUCACUCCCUUCGCUGAAUCCACCAGCUUCGAACUCUUCUCAAACGUCAAAUGUAAAUGGAACCACUAAUUCGAUUCCUGGAACCGCUCCAGUUGCUGGUGGGCCUUCGAAUGAACCUCCAAAAGUCAACAACAACAAUCAGAACAUCAAUUCCAAUAAGGAGAACACAAAGCCCACAGAAUUCGUAAUCAGGAAGCCACGGACUUGUACUUUGUUAAAUAGUUACAAACAGAAUUGGAAGGCUGCAAAUAACCACUUCCAACGUCAUAGUGAUGUUAAGCCACGGGAGGAACGCCGCCCAACUGUGAUGGAUUUAGCUAACCAGGCUAAUGUCCUGGGGAAGAUAAAUGGAUGGAAGGUGCAUCACUUGAAGUCUCAAAUGGAAGAUCUGUGUGAAAGUGAAAGCAAGGGCUAUGAGAAACUGACAUCCAUGCUAAAGCAGAUGGAGUCUCAUGGCAAGAAUCCCGACAUCGAAAGGAUCUCUGAUCUUCUUAAGGGCAACAUGCAACGCAGCAAGAUCAUCGUCGAUGGCAUAACUGAGGCACAAAAUCAAAUUAUGAAGAUAUUCGACCACAAGUCCCACAUUUCGGACAUAAUCCAUCGAUGUGCAUCGAAGAGGAACUUUAAGAAACGUGAGAAAGCGUAAAAAACUGAAAAAAACAAAAUUUGGAACUAGAUUUAUCCCACUUUAAGGUAGUUUUAAGGAAAUCAUGUGCAUAAUCAUGGAUUGAGUCAUGAAAGAGUUUAUCUUUUAUUGUUUUUCUGUUGUUCGACAAAAUCUAAUCUCUUUACCGAAGUUUUCUCUUUUGUUUCUUUUUCCCUUUGUUUGUCUAAUUGUGUCUCUUUAAGUUUUAAUAAUUAGACGACUUUGUAAAGUAUAAACUACACAAUCAAUUAAUAAUAUUGUGGGUGCAAUAAAGGCCACAGAAUUUAUUUUAUAAUUUUGUUGUAUUUAAACAAAUUGAAUAUUUUACUACACAUAUAAAAAAAAUAUCAAUAUUAUAACAAAAAAACAAUACACCAUAUUAAUGUAAUCAAUAAAUAAUAUUAAUGAUAAUAUAUUAUAAUUAUUUUUGUAGUUGUAAUUUUGUUCUUAUAUUAAAAAAUAAAAAAAAAAAAAACAAAAGAAUAAAAAUAAAAGUAGAAACGAUUUGGGAACAUUUAUAAAGUUACAAAAAAAAAAAAACAUAAUUGAGUUGAACUUUCGGACUUUUCAAACACAAACUUUUGUAUAAUUUUAGAAAUAGGAAACCUUAAUCAAUAAGAUUGGCAAUAAAAUGUUUUAUUUGAAAAAUA